UUGGACUUGUCUUGCGACUUGCAGGCACUCGGCGGCUUACUUUCUUGUGUUGCUUAGCCAGUAUCAGCCGGUGUCUUGGACAAAUAAAAAAAAGCAAAGCGUUAAUUUAGGAAGCUAGCGAGCCUUUUGCAGCAAUGUCUGGUGUUGUGCGAGGCCCCGCUGGAAACAACGAUUGUCGGAUAUAUGUGGGGAAUCUUCCUCCUGAUAUUCGCACAAAAGACGUGGAAGAUGUAUUCUACAAAUACGGGACGAUUAGAGACAUUGACCUGAAGAACCGGAGAGGAGGGCCACCUUUUGCCUUCAUUGAGUUCGAAGACCCCAGGGAUGCAGACGAUGCAGUCUAUGGGCGUGAUGGUUACGACUAUGACGGCUACAGACUGCGGGUAGAGUUUCCACGGAGCGGCAGAGGUUCAAGAGGAGGCUUCGGUGGGAUCGGUGGAGCUCCCAGAGGCAGAUAUGGGCCUCCAUCCAGACGCUCUGAGUACAGGGUCAUUGUGUCAGGGCUCCCGCAGAGUGGCAGCUGGCAGGACCUGAAGGACCACAUGCGUGAAGCAGGCGACGUAUGCUACGCUGACGUUUUCAGAGAUGGAACUGGAGUUGUAGAAUUUGUGCGCAAAGAAGACAUGACCUAUGCCGUCCGAAAGCUGGACAACACCAAAUUCCGCUCACAUGAGGGAGAGACCGCUUACAUUCGUGUGAAAUUAGAUGGUCCCCGCAGCCCAAGUUACGGAAGAUCACGCUCCAGAAGCCGAGGCAGCCGCAGCAGGAGCCGCAGUCGCAGCGCCAGUCGAAGCCGCAGCAACUCCCGUGGCCGUGGCAGAGGAUCUCCCCGCUACUCACCUCGUCACAGCCGCUCUCGCUCCCGUUCCUAAACUCUUUCUACCAUUGAUGUGUUGCCCUUUUGAUGUACUCCCUCCUGUUUUUACCUUUUGAGUUCCUCCAGAUGUCACCAAAUGAUUUUAAUUUUUGCAUUUCAUUGUCCUGAUGUCCUUGUGGAUGAUCUUGGUAUGUAGAAGUACCCCCACUCAUCCUUUUCCAACGUUCCCCCUACCCCUUUCCAGCUGCUUUGUAUGUUUGUUUUCUCCCUCUCUCCUCUUCUCUCUGUCUCAAUUUUUUUGCCACCAUAGAAAUUGUGCUGUGCUGAACUUCAAAAAUGUUGAGCUGUUAUAACCUGCACUCAAUGUUUUUGCAAGUAUUGAAAAUUGAGUUCUGUUUUGUUAAUUUAAAAAAAAAAAAAAAAAGCAGUUUCUAUCAUUGGAUAUGUGGGGUGGGCUGGUUGGACACGGAGCCCAAUGCUUAACUGUAUUUUACCCUUGUGUCUUCCUUUAGACAUCAGAAGAGAAGGAUUAAAGUGAUUUGGAAUAAAACGAUUGUGGAGCACAUUUCAUUUGUAUGGUCAGGAUAGGACAUCUUAUUGAGGAGCAAUCAGGUCGAGGCAAUGGUACGCUUCAUAUUCCAUAAAUUGAACGUUUUGAUAGGACUGCCAUAUCAUGCAUGUUUUUAACAAAGCCAUAUGUGCUAUACUUUGUUAUAUAUACCAUUUAACAUGCUACUCUGGCUUGUGUCAGAAUAAGCAGUCCUAGAUCAAGUGUUGUGAUGUAACUGUAAUAUCUUUGCUGUCAAAUGUAAAAAUCUGAAUCACUACUUCUGUUGCAUAGCUUUCCACUUUGUACUUAAAAUGUUUUAACUAUAGGGAGUGUUUUUUUUUUUUUUGUGGUUGGCAUUUUUUUACUUGAUCUGACAUGAGUGCUGAAAUGGAAAAACAAAUUAGGCCCAAAAAGCUUGACAUUUUAUUCUAACGGUCUGCCUCUGAUUUUCUUCCUGGUAUUUCAAGGUUUUGAUUGGAGGAGUGGCUCAGUGGAUCCCAAUCCUUGGAGCUGGAUGAGUGGAUCGAUUAGGAAAGGGAUAGGCAAGGAUGGAUGCUCGGAACGGGAUCAGUUUUCCAGGAUUCAAAUGAGUUUGAUUACAGAACUAAUUAAAAGGAUUCCCAGAGCAACUUUUUUUUUCUAUUAGGCCCCCGCCCUGCCAACCUUUUAAAGUUUUUCAGUGGUAAUGGCUUUAUUUUACAAGAAAAACGAAACUGAGGACCAGGAAGUUGGAUCAAAGGAUGGAGUCGUAGAUGCCUGGUAUGAAGGAAUUAAAAAUUGGGGAGGUUGGGAAGGGGUUUUAUUUGGGAGUAGUUUGUAUGUUUAACUUUGCUUAAUCUUACUUUUUCUCUCUUAGCAUUUUCAAUAAAACACGUUCGAACAAGGA